GUGAACAAAGGCUCUACAGGCUUUAUCUGGAGAUCUGCCGUGUCAUCAUGCCGUUUGCGCAACUGGUCAUCGGACCCCCGGGGGCAGGGAAAUCCACCUACUGCAAUGGAAUGCACCAGUUUCUCGGCGCCAUCGGCCGCAAAUGCUCCGUCGUCAAUCUGGACCCCGCUAACGAUCAGACUUCAUAUCCGUGUGCGCUGGACGUCCGCGACCUCGUCACGCUGGAGGAUGUCAUGAGUGAAGACCGGCUAGGGCCGAAUGGGGGGGUUCUGUACGCGGUGGAGGAGGUGGAGCAGAACUUUGACUGGCUGGAGGAGGGGUUAAAAGAGCUGGGUGACGACUAUAUCCUGUUUGACUGCCCUGGUCAGGUAGAGCUCUUCACGCAUCACUCGUCCCUACGAAAUAUCUUCUUCAAGCUCCAGAAACUUGGAUAUAGACUCGUCGUAAUACACCUCAUCGACUCCUACAACCUCACCCUCCCAUCCAUGUACAUCUCCGCUCUCCUCCUCUCCCUCCGCGCCAUGCUCCAAAUGGACCUCCCGCACCUCAACGUCCUCACCAAGAUCGACAACCUAACCAACUACUCCCCGCUCCCCUUCAACCUAGACUUCUACACCGAGGUGCAAGAUCUCAACUAUCUCCUGCCGCAUCUGGAAGCCGAAUCGUCGCGUCUGGCGCACACCAAGUUCGGCCCCCUCAACCAUGCUAUCAUUGACCUGGUGGAGGAGUUUGGGCUCGUGAGCUUCGAGACCCUCGCUGUGGAAGACAAGAAGAGCAUGAUGAGUCUGUUAAGGGUCAUUGACCGCGCUAGCGGGUACGUGUUUGGGCCGGCGGAGGGCGCCAACGACACGGUGUGGCAGGUGGCUGUGCGCGAGGGACUGGGGACGAUGGACGUGCGGGACGUCCAGGAGCGCUGGCUGGAUGCGAAGGAUGAAUAUGACGAUCAUGAGUUGCGAGGACUGCAGGAAGAAGCCAAGGCACGGGAGGAGGCUGCCGGCGGCGAUGGUGCGGGACCAGGUGACGAGGACUUCGACGAGGAUAUGCCGCAAGGUCCGCUACCGGAUAGCGGGGUGAAAGUUGUACGAAAAUCAUGACAUUGC